UCAUUCUACGUACGACAGAAGUAAUAGCUAAAAAAAAAAUGGCAGAUCCGGGCGACAUUUUCGGUAGCGGAGCCGAAAGUGAUGAAGAAAGUCAUGGAUCUAGAUCUGGUAGUGGAAGCCCAGGGAGUCACCAUUCAGGAAGUCCAACUGGCAGUCCUGCGGGAUCAGGAAGUCCUCCUGGCAGUCCUGCGGGAUCAGGAAGUCCUCCUGGCAGUCCUGCAGGAUCAGGAAGUCCGGCUCACAGUGGCUCACCACAGAGAAGUGGAUCUGGAUCCCCACCUAACAGUCCUGGAUCCCCAGCCAGUCAUCGCUCAGGAACUCCAGACAGGAGUCAGUCUGUAACUCCAGCAGGCUCACCAGCAUCACACAGGUCAGGUUCACCGGCUCAAUCAGGUAGCCCAAGAAGUAGGUCAGGAAGCCCUGUUAGAAGCAGGUCAGUGUCCCCAGCAAGAAGUGGAUCAGGAUCACCAGCAAGGAGUGGGUCAGGAAGUCCAGCCAGAAGUGGGUCAGGAAGUCCUAGAAGUAGGUCAAGGUCCCCAGCAAGAAGCGGGUCAGGUUCACCAGCAAGAAGUAGGUCAGGUAGUCCAAGAAGUAGGUCAGGGAGUCCAAGAAGUAGGUCAGGGAGUCCAAGAAGUAGGUCGGGUUCCCCAGCAAGAAGCAGGUCUGGCACUCCAGUUGCCAGAAGCAGGUCAGGAAGUCCAAGAAGUAGGUCAGGGAGUCCAAGGAGUAGGUCGGGGAGUCCAGCUAGAAGUGGGUCUGGAUCUCCAGCCAGAAGCAGAUCUGGCAGUCCAGCUAGGAGUAGAUCCAGGAGCCGAUCACGGAGUCCAGGGAGGGGCUCAGGAAGUGACAGUGGGUCAGACAUUGGAAGAAAGAAGAAAAAAAAGAAGGUGGGCUCUGGGUCAGACUCAGAUGAUGAUAUGGGAGCCACAGUGGGGAACCUGUUUGGGGAUGCUGAUGACAUCAGCUCAGAUGAGGAAGACAAGGCCAAGAAAUCAGACGCCGAGGAGGAAGGGGAAAAAUCUGACCAAGAAAGACAGGGUCCUGUUAUAGAUGAUGAGGAUGAGGAGCAGGCAGAAGAAGAGGUUCCAGAGACGAGGAUUGAGGUAGAAAUUCCUCGAAUCAUGACAAACCUCGGGAAAAUUCUACACUAUGUCAAACUGCCAAACUUCCUCAGUGUGGAAACAAGACCCUAUGAUAACCAGACUUAUGAAGACGAAAUUGAUGAAGAUGAAGUUUUAGAUGAAGAAGGCAGAGCUCGUCUUAAACUUAAGGUAGAGAACACAAUUCGCUGGAGAAAGAAGUUAAAUGAAGACGGUACAGAGGCUGUAGAUGAACUGGGGAACCCAGUACGGGAAAGUAACGCUCGUGUAGUCCGCUGGUCAGAUGGCAGCAUGUCCCUCCACUUGGGUGAUGAAAUCUUUGAUGUCCACACAAUGCCAAUACAGGGAGACUUCAAUCACUUGUUUGUACGACAAGGAACGGGGUUACAGGGACAGAACAUCUUUAAAACCAAACUGGCAUUCAGGCCACAUUCAACAGAAUCCUUUACCCACAGAAAGAUGACCUUGUCUUUAGCAGACAGGUCAACCAAAGCUCAGAAGGUCAAGGUCCUUCCCAUUUCAGGUCGUGAUCCUGAUGCACACAGAAGUGAAAUGAUCAAGAAAGAGGAAGAAAAGCUUCGAGCCUCCAUACGAAGGGAAAGUACAAGGAGGCGAAUGAAAGAGAGAAGUCAGCAUCGCGGUCUGAAUGCUCGAUAUCUAGAGGAUGGGGAGGACGAUGAUGAGGGAGGCGUGUCGCUCAACGAGCUGAAAAAAGAGUAUAAACAGAAACGGGCUGACCGGUUCCAGACAAUAUACUCUUCAGACAGUGAUGAUUCUUACUCAGAUGGGGAGAAAUCAGGGCGACUGAUGAGGGCCAAGAAAGGCGGAAGUGAUGAGGAUUCGGAGGAAGAGAAAGGUCCUAAGAAAAAGAAAGCAAGGAUUGUGGAGAGUGACAGUGAAGAAGAAGGGGGUGGGGCAUCUCAAGAGGGGAGUGGCGCUCAGAGCGAGGGAUCCAAUAAGGGCAGCGAUAUGGAGGAUGAUUGACAGGUCAUGUCAGAAGAGUAGGAGGAGCUUUAAUGUGAAAGUCACCAACUUAAAGCAAGUUUGACUUUAGGCAGGCUGAAACAUUUUCUAACAGGACGGUGGUAAAGUCAAAGUGCAAUAAAAGGUCAUAACUUUAUGGCAGUAAUGGUGUUUGCCUUAAAAAAGGUAGAAAUUCAAUCCAUCAGAAUUCUUUUUAUAAAGCAAUCCAAAAAUGUCCAUGUACAUGCUUUACCAUUUAUCAAGAAUUUUUUUUAGAUCAUGAGAUAAUGAUAAACUAUUCAUGGCAUAGCUAAAUGCAACACAUUUGUACAUAAACAGGUGUCAUAUCAUGUAAAUAAAUUCAUGUCAUGCAUCAGUAAUAAAACCAGGACAGCACAUGAUGUUACCCUUAUCUAUUCUUGUUGUGCCGGACACUACACUUCUUAUGAGAAUUGUUAUCCUGUAUCUAGUUCACCAAAGUCAGAAGGUCAAGUGAGAAUAUUUAUA